AUGAAUGAGAGCGUAUGGAAUAUAAUGUCUAUUACUACUAGUAGUAACAAUUUGUAUAAUCAGCCACCUAAUGGCUUCCCAUCACCUAAUGGUUCACCUCCAUCAGGCAGUCCUCCUGGAGGUGGUUCACCGCCUCCAGGUGAUUCCGGUAAUGGUAAUACAGCCACAGUGAUCACUAAUCUUCAACGAAAUGUGGCACUCUAUGGUUAUAUUCUUCUCUUUCUCUUUGGAUUUUUUGGUCAUAUCAAUAGUAUCAUUAUCUUUUCACGUCGUACUCUUCGUUCAGUCUCAACAAGUUGCCUUUUUAUUUGUGUUUCCAUAUCUGAUAUAAUCUAUUUAUUAGUAUGCAUUUAUGAUUUUCUUUAUACUGGACUUGCUCUUACACCUAUUGAUACAGCAACCAAUUCGAAUUUAUCAAAUGCACUUUGUCGUUUUCGAUCUUUUAUAAAAUCAGUUGCAAUGUGUUCAUCAGCUUGGCUUCUUUUGGCUAUUGUCAUUGAUCGAUGGCUUCGUAUUCGAUUUCCAUUUCAAGUUAAAAAACUAUGUUCAAGAAAACGUAUCCUGAUAGGUGCAUUAAUUAUUCUUAUUUUUGCAAUUAUACUUAAUUCUCAUUUACUUUUACCUUCGCUUGGUACUUUAUCUGGUUCGGAUAUAUGUGGCCCUGUAACAACCUCCACAUAUUCAUUUUUCUUCAGACAGGUUUGGGGAAUUUUGUUUACUUGUUUACAAACAGUUUUACCAACCAUUGCUCUAUUAAUUGUUACUAUUGAUAUGUUUCGUCGUCUUCGAUUACGACAAAAACAAAAAUUAAAUCGUGGUAAUCGUCGUCGUACAUUUGUUGAUCGACAAAUGUUAAUUAUUAUGUUAGCAAGCAUAUUAUUAUUCUUUACAACACAAAUUCCAUUAAGUUUAUUCAAUAUACUUUUAUCACCUGUUCUUCAAUCUCGUUUAACACAAACACAAGCUCUUGAAUUAACAUCAAUAUUUAAUUUUAUUGCUUCGAUCAAUUUUGGUACCACAUUUUAUGUUCAUUGUUUAACAAGUGGAUUAUUUCGAAAAGAAUUUUAUAAUAUUAAAAAUUGUAAUCGACGGCAUCGUGUUGGUGUUAUAACACGAGUAUUAGGUGUGGAGGCUACCCAAACUCAAGGAGUUUAUGUGCAAAAAAACAGAAAUCAACAUGGAUGCUCAGUUCAAAGUUUACAUUAA